UAUCAAGAUAAUUAACCAUUAGAGAAUGUUCUGCAUUGUGCAUAACAAACUAUUCAAGCUUUAGAUUUUCACUUAGGCUUUGUAAACAAAACAUAAAUAAUCAAUACUUAUCUUGUAUAAUUGGUAUUUGAGUUUCCAUUAGAAGCAUGCUCAGGUUUAAUAAAAUGAAUAUCGUGUCCUUUUUAUAAGCUUGUAUUUUGAAACUUAUGCUGAUUGAUUGAACUGUAAUUUACGAUAUCUGUCUUCAGUUGAGGGGCAUAGCUUCUUGUAAUGGAGAAGGGGAACUUAUGCAUCUCCACCAUGACAUCAUCAAAUAUUGCAGUUCUAUUAACUAUUGGUGUCAUCACUGUACUUGUGAUACGAAUUAUUUAUGUUAUUAAUAGGAGCAACAAACCGCUUCACUCAAAAACACCACGAUCCCUCAGUACUCUUAUUGUUCUGGGCAUAAAAUACCGAAAACCGAAUUAUCGAACCGAACCGGCUAUUUCGGUAUUUCGAUAUUCGGUAUUCGGUAAUUCGGUUCGGUAUUCGGUACUAAAAUAUAACAUUUCGAUAUUUCGGUUUCAGUAUUCGGUAUUUAUAAUUAUUACCGAAUACCGAAAUUAAAUGACCAAAAUUAAAGGGCUAUAGGCCCAUUGUAAAGAAAAUUUAAGUCAUGCCCAAUAACCAAUUGCCCAAAUUCGGAAAUUCCUAAGGCCCUAACCAGUAAGGCAAUAACCCUAACUCCCUAAGAGGCUAAGAAGACUUGUAAUGUUCAUUGUUCAGCAGUCAUCUUUUUUGUUUUUACUCUCUUGUAUUUCUGUUUCAGUCGAUCUUUUACUCUCUUGUGUGGGAUUUUUGGCUCCUCCAGAGUCAUCUUUUUACUCACUGAUUAAAUCUCACAAAGAUCUUGUGCACUUCGAAUCUGCUUAUGUUUUCAAGUUCCACCGUGUAGCAAGGCUUACUUCUCCUCAACCAGUCUUUACAUUCAAUCAUCCAGAGGACUCAACAUGGUAUUACCGAAUACCGUACCGAACCGAAGUUUGAUUUACCGAUUACCGAAUUACCGAACCGAAGUUUGAAAGUUCGGUAUUUGGUAUAUACUUUGAAUUACCGAUUAUCGAAUUAUCGAACUCGAACUUUGAAAGUACCGAACCGAAUACCGAACGCCCAGCCCUAGUUGAGGGGCAUAGCUUCUUGUAAUGGAGAAGAGGAACUUAUGCAUCUCCAUCAUGGCAUCAUCAAAUAUUGCAGUUCUAUUAACUAUUGGUGUCAUCACUGUACUUGUGAUACGAAUUAUUUGUGUUAUUAAUAGGAGCAACAAACCGCUUCAUUCCAAAUCACCACGAUCCCUCAGUACUCUUAUUGUUCUGGGUUCAGGUGGUCACACAGCAGAAAUGUUAAGCUUAUUAUAUGUCCUUCAAAUAGAGAAGUUUAAGCCAAGGUAUUAUAUUGCUGCUGCUACUGAUAAUAUGAGUUUCCAAAAAGCACAUGUAUUUGAGGAUUCCUUGCUCGAUAAGGAAACGCUCGAGGAAGUAGGGGGAGCUAAAUUCAUGCAGAUAUAUCGAAGUCGAGAGGUUGGUCAAUCGUAUAUAACCUCUGUCGGAACCACAUUGGUUGCACUUGUACAUGCGUUGUGGUUAAUGAUCAAGAUCAGACCCCAAAUGAUUCUGUGCAAUGGUCCAGGAACGUGUAUUCCACUGUGCGUAAUUGCCUUCCUUUUUAAGGUUUUGGGAAUUAGGUGGUCAUCGAUUUUCUAUGUCGAGAGCAUUGCAAGAGUCAGGAAGCUGUCUUUUAGUGGUUUGCUUCUUUACAAGCUACACAUGGCAGAUCAGUUAUUUGUGCAAUGGCCACAGCUAAAAGAGAAGUAUCCCCAAGCUCAUUACGUUGGUCGUCUUAUGUAAUCAAUCAGUAUCUGAUCUAUAAUAGCGAGGUCCGUAGUACUCGAGCUCUGUUGAUGCUGUCUGAAGAGUUCUACAAAUGGAUGUAAAGGAUCUUCGUUUGAAAGAGAAUAUCAUUGCUAUCUUCUUGAGGCAAGGAAAAAAAUUAAUGGUCAUUUCGAAGUGAUUGGCAUCAUUGGUGUUGUUUUUAGAUCAUAUAGUUUACUUGUUAAUGCUAUUUAAAAAUUUCAGAGAAAAUUAACAAAUACCAGUGUAUUUACAUUACACUUUUCCAAAGUUUUAUGCAUGAGUAAGCCUUUUGACAUAUUUUAAUAUGAA